AUGACUCAGGUGACGGUGACAGGAUUCAAGCUUGGAAGCACGAUUGUUUCGAACCAAUCGGCGGAUGCCUUCCCGGACUGUCAGGGCAGCAUAAUUGAAAAGGUCUACGGUAGCAGUGGGUGGCAGUGCAGUUCACUGAGCGGUCCACGGUCCGCAGCAGCAGAGGCAAAGUGCUCGCAAAGUUACGACAUCGAUGCGGCUGGAGAAUUCUGGCAGUGCGGUGUGGACGCCAUAACCGACGAUCAGUUCCACUGCAAGCACCAAAGCCUUUGCAAGGUGGGUUUUAAUCCCGCAGCCGCGUGGGAGCAGCUCCCCGUCGUCGCUGCAGAUGUCUUACCGAAGCGAACCGGCAGUGUGAUCAUUCCUGGCACAGAGAUGAAAGCCAUGGAAAUCGGACGGUUGACAGACAACAAGUUCGCGGCGUGCGGCACGAAGUACAGCGUUGGCCCAUGGUUCUGCGCUGUUGUGGAGGAUGUGGUCGGUGGCAUGAUGCUUGGUGAUCUCGUGGAAGUGGAAAGCGGUGGCGUGCAAGCUGAGCACAUCUUUCCCUGGGCAGAUAACAAGGUGAUAUUCUGCUGGAACCGUGGACACAGUGGUGCAUGGUGCCGGCUCAUCACUUCGAAGGACCGGACACUCACGGUCGGAAAGAAGGAGGACGAUCUCGCUGCACCUGCUUGGUUGACGAAGCCCUGGUAUGCAAUGAUUGAGAAAUAUGAGGAUGGCAAGGGCGUGAUUUGCUAUCAAAACCGACUGGAGUGGGCCAAGAACCAUGCACUCGCUUGCGGUCUGGUCGCAGAGACGGAGGGCAAACUUCAUGUUGGGCCACUCAAAACGAUCGACACUGGAAUGACUAUGGCAUACGUCUACGCGGCUCUCACUCUGGUGGGACCAGGAAAGGUCCUGGCAUGCUACCGCCGAGAUGAAGCUUGGCCAGCAAGGCAGGACUACUACUGCCGCUUUCUCACAGUUGACGGCGACACCGUCUCGGUGGGGGACGUCAUGACUAUCAAGCAAAAGUCCGACGGACACGGCCAUGCGGUGAUGAUUAGUAAGACCGAGGCCCUGCUUUGCUCCUCGCGGAAUUUGCAGUGCUUCCUGCUCGAUGUGGCCGGCUCCGUACCAGUUGUCACCUUUGAAAUGGGCAUGCCAAAUGUCGGCAGCCACCGUGUGGGGAGCAUGGCGCUCGCGCGUUUAUGGAGCGAUCGAGCCGUGUACUGCUGGGGCAUCCGUCGUGUCAAUGCCGGCCUCGGUAACCCGUACUGCGUUGUCGUCACCUGCAAGGACAAAAAGUGUUCCGUGGGCGAUAAGUUCCACCCCAAUGAUUCCGACUCGGAGAAUUCUCCAAGGGGACAGGAUAUCGACACGGUCAUGCUGGCACCGGGCAGGGUGGGAACAUGCACCCAAGAUCUCAACAACGACGGCUAUUCCGUUAAGGACAACUAUCACAAGGUGAAUCCGGUGUGCUCUGUUUUCACGCUCCCACACGGUGGGUGGCAGUGCAGUUCACUGAGCGGUCCACGGUCCGCAGCAGCAGAGGCAAAGUGCUCGCAAAGUUACGACAUCGAUGCGGCUGGAGAAUUCUGGCAGUGCGGUGUGGACGCCAUAACCGACGAUCAGUUCCACUGCAAGCACCAAAGCCUUUGCAAGGUGGGUUUUAAUCCCGCAGCCGCGUGGGAGCAGCUCCCCGUCGUCGCUGCAGAUGUCUUACCGAAGCGAACCGGCAGUGUGAUCAUUCCUGGCACAGAGAUGAAAGCCAUGGAAAUCGGACGGUUGACAGACAACAAGUUCGCGGCGUGCGGCACGAAGUACAGCGUUGGCCCAUGGUUCUGCGCUGUUGUGGAGGAUGUGGUCGGUGGCAUGAUGCUUGGUGAUCUCGUGGAGGUGGAAAGCGGUGGCGUGCAAGCUGAGCACAUCUUUCCCUGGGCAGAUAACAAGGUGAUAUUCUGCUGGAACCGUGGACACAGUGGUGCAUGGUGCCGGCUCAUCACUUCGAAGGACCGGACACUCACGGUCGGAAAGAAGGCGGACGAUCUCGCUGCACCUGCUUGGUUGACGAAGCCCUGGUAUGCAAUGAUUGAGAAAUAUGAGGAUGGCAAGGGCGUGAUUUGCUAUCAAAACCGACUGGAGUGGGCCAAGAACCAUGCACUCGCUUGCGGUCUGGUCGCAGAGACGGAGGGCAAACUUCAUGUUGGGCCACUCAAAACGAUCGACACUGGAAUGACUAUGGCAUACGUCUACGCGGCUCUCACUCUGGUGGGACCAGGAAAGGUCCUGGCAUGCUACCGCCGAGAUGAAGCUUGGCCAGCAAGGCAGGACUACUACUGCCGCUUUCUCACAGUUGACGGCGACACCGUCUCGGUGGGGGACGUCAUGACUAUCAAGCAAAAGUCCGACGGACACGGCCAUGCGGUGAUGAUUAGUAAGACGGAGGCCCUGCUUUGCUCCUCGCGGAAUACCCAGUGCUUCCUGCUCGAUGUGGCCGGCUCCGUACCAGUUGUCACCUUUGAAAUGGGCAUGCCAAAUGUCGGCAGCCACCGUGUGGGGAGCAUGGCGCUCGCGCGUUUAUGGAGCGAUCGAGCCGUGUACUGCUGGGGCAUCCGUCGUGUCAAUGCCGGCCUCGGUAACCCGUACUGCGUUGUCGUCACCUGCAAGGACAAAAAGUGUUCCGUGGGCGAUAAGUUCCACCCCAAUGAUUCCGACUCGGAGAAUUCUCCAAGGGGGCAGGAUAUCGACACGGUCAUGCUGGCACCGGGCAGGGUGGGAACAUGCACCCAAGAUCUCAACAACGACGGCUAUUCCGUUAAGGACAACUAUCACAAGGUGAAUCCGGUGUGCUCUGUUUUCACGCUCCCACACGGAGCCUAG